AGCAGCAGCAGCAGCAGCAACUGCGUCCCGAACAGCGCCUCCACAAACGCCAACAGCAUCCCUGCGGUCGGCAGCGGUAAUGUUCCGACCUCGGCAGCAAUGGCAACUCCAUCAUCCGACUCCAGCGUGUCAAACGGGGUGUAUGUGCCCACAGGCAUCGCUAAUGGAGACGCGAAGCCCGUUAUCUCAACCACACCGCUGGCUGAUUUCCUGAUGCAGCUGGAGGAUUACACUCCUACAAUCCCAGACGCAGUCACCGGAUACUACCUCAACCGAGCUGGUUUUGAAGCAUCAGAUCCAAGAAUGUGAGUUGGAAUGAUGUUCUCUCAGAAAGCUG